AACGAUGGCGGAUCUGCUGCAACCUCAUCUGACCCACAUGACCCAGAGGAAGCUGAUUCUUGUUUCCAAAGGACUGUCAUUCCUAUAUGGUGUUGGCUGUGUCACCAUAGCUGUCCUGUCCUCCUUCCUGGACUGGGGAGUUCUGCAGGCAUCUUUCACUGUCAUGGGUGUGGUCAGCGGUCCACUCCUGGGUGUAUUCAUUUUGGGCAUGUUUGUACCAGCAACAAACCGGUUGGGAGCAUACUCAGGAAUAUUAGUGGGCUUCUGUGUCUCCAUGUGGCUGGCUGUCGGUUCAACUCUUUACCCACCCAGUGGGAAGACCAUGGGUGUCCUGCCCAGCUAUGCAGACCAGUGUGAACCCAGCAACAUCACUGUGAAGAGCAGCCCUAGCCUGGACCAGCACUCCAUCUCCACCCUGCUUCACCCUGAUGACCAGGG